AUCUGCUAGGUAGAAUCUAUACAAGUAGAUAAUAUAUAUUAAAAUCAUCAUUAUUUUCUAUCGUAGGGCUCAAUGAGUAGAGAAGGAAACAUUGGGAAGCUGGAGAAGGUCGUUGUUGCUGUCAAGGCAUCUAAGGAAAUUCCCAAGACCGCUUUGGUCUGGGCCUUGACUCACGUGGUUCAACCCGGGCAUUGCAUUACUUUGCUUGUGGUCGGCCCUUCACAAACUGCUGGUAGAAAAUUGUGGGGGUUUCCACGAUUUUCUGGAGACUGUGCCAGUGUUCACCGGAAGUCUAAUUCAGGGACAAGUUCAGAACAGAAAGUCGAUGUUACUGCUUCUUGCUCCCAAAUGAUUCUUCAGCUUAAUAAUGUGUAUGAUCCAAAUAAGGUAAAUGUGAAGAUUAAAGUUGUUUCCGGCUCUCAAUGUGGAGUAGUUGCUGCAGAGGCCAAAAAAUUUCAUGCUAGUUGGGUUGUUUUGGACAAAAAGCUAAAACACGAACAGAAGUCAUGUAUGGAAGAAUUGCAAUGCAAUGUUGUCAUAAUGAAGAAAUCACAGCCAAAAGUCCUUCGUCUGAAUUUAGUUCGAUCUCCUAAUAAGGAAGCUAAAGCAGAUUGUUCAUUGCUUUCCAAGGUAGAACAAUCAUCUAAAAAGCAAGAAAUAAACAAAAAGUCAUCAGUGGAUUCUAUUCGUGGGCUGGUUGUUACUCCAACAAGUAGUCCUGAGGUAUUUACUGCAACUGAAGUCGGAACUUCAUCAGUCUCGAGUUCUGAUCUGAGUAAUUCACCAUUUUCUGUUCCUGUGACCGAUGUCUCCCAGAAGGAGGAAUCCUUCACCAGAAAAGAAAAAGAUCCUAUUGAAUCAAGUUCAGACUCCGAAAGUGAGAAUUUAUCCUCAUCUUCCUGUAGCUUAAGGUUUCAACCAUGGAUGGUUGAUCUCAUCGCUUCAAGUUGUCCGCUUUCUCAAGAAUGGGAGGAAAGUCUACAAAGAUAUACUUCACAAGCUAAAACCACAAUAAAUAAAGACUUGCUCGGAAUGUCAAGCCAUAGAACCGACUUAGAAUUUAGUGGGAGUGUUAGAGAAGCAAUAUCUUUGUCAUGGAAUACACCCUCCGGGCCACCUCCAUUGUGCUCAAUAUGUUUGCAUAAGGCACCGAUAGUUGGAAAACCACCAAGGUGGUUCGCCUAUUCCGAGCUCGAGCUUGCUACCGGAGGAUUUUCUAAAGCUAAUUUCCUGGCUGAGGGAGGGUUUGGGUCGGUACACAGAGGGAUACUUCCUGAUGGACAGGCUGUUGCUGUCAAGCAACACAAACUGGCAAGUUCUCAAGGUGAUCAAGAAUUCUACUCAGAAGUCGAGGUGCUGAGCUGUGCUCAGCAUCGAAAUGUUGUUAUGUUGAUUGGAUUUUGUGUCGAAGAUGGAAGGAGAUUGCUAGUCUACGAAUAUGUAUGCAACAGAUCAUUGGAUUUUCAUCUUUAUGGACAUCAUCAAGUUCGAUUAGAGUGGUCUGCACGCCACAAAAUUGCUAUAGGGGCUGCCCGAGGACUGAGGUAUCUUCAUGAAGAAUGCAGAGUAGGCUGCAUUGUGCACCGUGACAUGCGGCCAAACAACAUCCUCAUCACCCAUGAUUUUGAACCUCUGGUUGGCGACUUUGGGCUAGCAAGGUGGCAGCCUGAUGGAGGCACCGGAGAAGCAACAAGAGUAAUUGGAACAUUUGGAUAUCUGGCUCCAGAAUAUGCCGAAAGUGGUCAGAUUACUGAAAAAGCUGACGUAUAUUCCUUCGGGGUUGUACUAGUCGAGCUUGUUACUGGACGGAAAGCUGUGGACCUUAAUAGGCCUAAAGGCCAACAAUGCCUAACAGAAUGGGCACGGCCCUUGUUGCAAGAAGAUGCCAUUGACGAGUUAAUUGACCCUCACCUCGGAAACUGUUAUUCAGAACAUGAGGUUCGUUGCAUGUUGCAAGCGGCGUCUCUAUGCAUCAAAAGGGAUCCUCACUUACGGCCUCGCAUGUCACAGGUUCUACGCAUACUAGAGGGUGACAUGAUGAUGGAAUCGAGUCAAGUUUCAACAACACCGGGGCACGAAAUGGGCAAGGGAAGCUGGAUCUAUCAGCCACAAUACAAAAGCUCUCCUUUGAGUAACACAUUCAGUGAGAAGCUUUCUUUGGACUCAAUCAGACCCAUCUCAAAUUGGGAUGCAGAUAGAGGUAGAAGCUAGAACCAGAUGACACAAGCAAAUGAUCCACUUGCAAGAAGAAGAAAAUCUCCAUAUUUUCAGAGGCAAUGGUUUUUUUACUUCACUCUUAAUCUAUAGGUUUAUAAUGUUAUGUAAUUAUAUCUCUGGUGAAUGCAUUUUUAUAUAAUGGAACCAAACAAAUCAUGUUGGA